UUUUUUCUUUACCUCUUUCUUCUCUUUAUACAACUAUGUCUGAAAACGUUGACCAAAAGAACCUUCAAAAGGACCCCGUUACUGGGGAGAUGAUCUCCAAGUCUGAGUUCAAGAGACGUGAAAAGCUUCGCUGCUGCUGCCCCCCUAAGGAGGUUAAGGCUAAGAGUGAAGAAGAGGGCGAAGAAGAAUUGAACCCUAACCAAUACUUUGAAAUGCGUUCCAAGGCUAUCAACAAGCUCCGUGAAAACCCCAAUCCUGAACCUUAUCCUCACAAGUUCCACGUUGAAAUGUCUCUUCCCGAAUUCAUCGAAAAGUUCAACAAGCUUGAAGCUGGUGACCGUCUUGACGACCAAGUCAUUACACUUGCUGGUCGUAUCCAUAACAAGCGUGCCUCUGGUGCCAAGUUGAGAUUUUAUGACUUGCACGGCGAAGGUGUUAAGAUCCAAAUCAUGGCCUCUCUUCAAGAUAAUGAAGGUGAAGACUAUGCUGAAAUCCAUGAUCUUUUGAGACGUGGUGAUGUUGUUGGUGUCAAGGGUGUUCCUGGUAAGACCAAGCGUGGUGAAUUGUCCAUUUUCCCCAAGAAGGUCACUCUCUUGUCCCCUUGUCUUCGUAUGUUGCCCAAGGCCAACUAUGGUUUUAAGGAUAUGGAACUUAGAUACCGUCAACGUUAUCUUGAUUUGAUCAUGAACAACUUUGUUCGUGACAAGUUCAAGGUUCGUUCUCAAAUCAUUACCUAUGUUCGUUCUUUCCUUGACCAACGUAACUUCCUUGAAGUCGAAACCCCCAUGAUGAACACCAUUGCUGGUGGUGCUACUGCCAAGCCUUUUGUUACUCACCACAAUGAUCUCAAGUUGGACAUGUUUAUGCGUAUUGCUCCUGAGCUUUACUUAAAGAUGUUGGUUGUUGGUGGUCUUGACCGUGUCUAUGAAAUCGGUCGUCAAUUCCGUAACGAAGGUAUUGAUUUGACUCACAACCCUGAAUUCACUACUUGUGAAUUCUAUAUGGCUUAUGCCGAUAUGUAUGACUUGAUGGAUAUGACUGAAGAACUUGUUUCCAGUAUGGUCAUGAAGCUCUUUGGCAAGUACCAAAUCCAAUACCACCCUCAAGGUCCUGAUGGACCUGUGAUGGACAUUGAUUUCACUCCUCCCUUCAAGCGUAUUGAUAUGAUCACCACUUUGGAAGAAAAGUUGGGCUUCUUGAACGACAUUUUGAUCAAGCAAGGUAUCGAUUGUUCUGCUCCUCGUACAAAUGCUCGUAUGUUGGACAAGCUUGUGGGUGAAUACCUUGAAAGCACCUGUAUCAGUCCUACUUUCAUUACUGGUCACCCUCAAAUGAUGUCUCCUUUGGCCAAGAAGCACCGUGACCGUGCUGGUCUCUGUGAACGUUUCGAAAUGUUUGUUGCUACCAAGGAAGUCUGUAAUGCUUACACUGAAUUGAACGAUCCCUUCGAUCAACGUGAACGUUUUGCCGAACAAGCUAACCAAAAGGCUGCUGGUGACGAUGAAGCUCAAAUGAUCGAUGAAAGUUUCUGUCAAUCUCUCGAAUUUGGUCUUCCUCCUACUGGUGGUUGGGGUAUGGGUAUCGAUCGUCUUACCAUGUUCUUGACCAACUCCAACAAUAUCAAGGAAGUUCUCUUGUUCCCUGCCAUGAAGCCUGAAGAAAACAAUUAGAAUUAAUUAUAUAUAUAUAUAUACAGUGUGUGUUUGUUUGUUUGUAUAAAUAAAAAGAAAAUUGACAAUUCAAUUGACAUUUACAUAACAAUAAGGGGG